CUGCAAUCUGUGUGUUGUCAGUGCGAAUUGUCAAAAGGUGGAAACGAAAAUAAAGGCGUGCACGUUCGGGUUUAUGGUUUUGGGAAAAUUAAGCACUUUUGCCAACCGAUUAGGUUUUCCUCGAGUGAACAGCUAUUUGUGAUAGUGUUUGGCGUGUGGCUGUGACAAUAAGUAUUGCUCGUUGUGGUCUCUGGUGAGGUGAAUUGAGCGAAUACAACACGGUGCAAAAAAAAGUAAACACAACAGUGCAACCUGCUCCCGAUAACGCCAUCAGCCACAGCCACAAAAGUCCUUGGACGGGACACCUUGAAAUCUAAUAAAAGUGACCUAAAACCCCGGAUACCGAACACCAGACGGGCACGUUCUGGAGGACGCUCCUCCCUCCACAAACGGUCUCAAGAAAAGCAGAGCUCUAGCCCCCGCAGGAAAGCGAGUGCAUCGUACAUCGAUCGAUAAAUUGAUUUUCCCUUAUCGUUGACGUAUUGCGGUUGGCCGUGAUUACAUGCAGCGGCAUCGGCAGGCGCUUCAAAAAUAAAUGAUUCCAUCAGCGGAAAGCAAUAUCGGGCUGCAAUAUUAAUGCGACCGUAGAUAAUAAUUCAGACGCUAAGGUUCGCGUGCUCCAGCAGAAUGGUUUGUUACAACUGGUGCUGCCGUACGGUUCGGUGCACGGUGUGAGUUGAUUCUGGAGAACCGUGAACCAAUCGGUGCGUGCUAAUGUACGAAGCAGGACGGUGGCUACGAGAGCGAAAACACCACGUGCAGAUUAAGGACGUUUGCGUCAUCCGGAAGCGUGGAAGCAGGGUGAAAAUUCCUUCCGGCGGCGAGAUCAAGUGAUGAUCGUUUUGUUUUUCGCCGUUGUGCCGCUAGUAGUAGAACAGCAAUCGUAAUCAAUGUUUCAGACAUGCCGCCUCUGGAAUCUCAGUAUUGCAAGCGUGCUAGCGCUAACGCUGUCCAAUGUGUUCCUUACGGUGCGGCUGCUGCACAGCGGCGAUUGCAACCAGUACAGCAGCAGUGUGGACGAGGGAGUUUCGAUGGUCCCGCGAGCCCCAAUGCUAACGCCCGCCACCUGCCUGGAGUACGUGCUGGCCGAGAGCCUUGCCAACAGUACGGAUAAGGCUGUCUUCUCCGGGCUGGAUCUGCGGCUCGGGCGCUGGGACACACGGCGACUGUACAAGGUGUUCGACUUUGCCGUCGUCGGUGAACGCUUCCCGGAGCUGUCGGACAGCUACAGCGUGUGUCUGGCGACGCAAAGCUCGCUGGAGAAGAUCUACUCGCUCGUCCAGGUGUCCCACCACUGGUCCGGUCCCAUCUCGACCGCGAUCUUCGCGGCCGGCAACGAUGAGCUGUACCUGCUGCAGAUCUAUCUGUCCUACCUGCGGGCCUGCUUUCGACCGAUCCGGGAACGGGUCAGCUUUCAUCUGGUGCUGCCAAAGGAGCGUGCUCCAACGCAUCUGAAGAGUGUACACGUAAGCGAUUUCACCAAGUUCGAUUGUGCCAAACCGGAAGCGACCCUGAACGAUCUGCUCAAGCUGCGCAAACCGGACACGAGCAAGUGGCGGAUCAAGAAUCCGUACCCGCAGAACCAUCUGCGCAAUGUGGCCCGGAAGGGCUGCCAGAGCAGCCACGUGUUUCUGACCGACGUGGACAUUGUGCCGAGCGUGAACUUUGCCGAGCAGCUGGACAAGUUUUUGCGAAAGCAGAAACCGCACCACCUGACCGCGUUCGUCGUGCCGACGUACGAGCUGGACGAGCGGGUACGGUUCCCGCGGAAUAAGACUGACCUGAUACGGCUGGCGAACAAGGGCCUGGCGAGACCGUUCCAUCACAAGGUGUUUAUCUACAACCAGUUUGCGACGAACUUUUCGCGGUGGCAGGCAGACGUUACCGAAAGCGACGAAACGAAGGUGUCGCACAAUGUGACGAACUUUGAGUUUCUUUAUGAACCGUUUUAUGUUGCACCCGACACGGUACCGCCGCACGACGAACGUUUCCUCGGCUAUGGUUACACGCGCAAUACGCAGGUGUACGAAAUGUUUGUGGCAGGCUAUCAGUUCCAGGUGCUGACGCCACUGUUCACCGUGCACUGGGGCCUGCAGAACAAGAAGAGCCGUCCGGCGUGGCGCGAACGUCAGAACAACGUCAAUCGCAAGUACUUCGAGGUGUUCAAGCGCGAGGUGUUUGCACGCUACCACAAGGACCCGCUGCGAAUGUUGCUGCCGAAGAAGUCCGCCAAACAGCAGCAGCAGCACGGGCCGGGUGCAGGCGCUGGGCAGGCAGUGGCCGGCGGCGGGCCUGGCACGGGCGAGAAGCAUUAGCAAAAGCAAUAGAGCGGAGCAGACAAAACCGAAAACAUGUAAAUUAAUACACAAAACCAAUCACAAAUGAAGACAUCACUCGACGGUGCAACGGUACAAAAACACACGAUAGGUGGUGAAAAAACCACCCAAAGUUGCAGGUGCAUGUGUACAUCGCCAAGCAGUGCAGCAGCCAGCAGCCAGCAGCCAGCCAGCAAACAAGGUAAACUUUAUGCCGUACGGUUCGAAGUAGAAGCGACUUUUAAGCCAUUCUUCCCUAGCUCUUCACGUUCACCACGUGUUGUUUAUAGUGCCACCGAAAGAAGGAAAGAGAAGAGAGGGAAGAAGAGAGACGUCCGAUUGUCGGCACGCAAUAAUUAUUAUCACUAUUCUACUUAAUAAUACUAUGUACGUUUCGUUUCGGUUUCUUUGUUCAGCGCAUUCGGGCGUAUGCUUAAGGGGCGCGUUUGCGAAGCGUCCCCAAGUUUAGCGCUAUAUUUCACGUUUUAGGGCGUGUUCAGUUACGAGUCACCUGUUUGCAAAACUAAACCUUAUGGUAAACUAUAAUCCCCGUACGUAAAGCGGGGGAAAAGCAACGCUACCAAGCUCCGCUUCUGUGUUUAGAGCCAGUGUAUUCCACAACAAAAACUUUUGAUCUCAAUCUCACGCGCGCGCGUAUUGGGAAGGGAUGUGAACGUAAGUCUUAUGCUUUGUGCUAAAACAAGAAAGAAAACACUACAUCUUAAUCCCUAGCAAAAACUUAUUUGUUGAUGUUUUUUCGUCCGUUGUAAAUAGGUAAUUUGUAAGCCGUAGGAAGUGACGUACGUAAAUGCCAUAAAUAAAUGUGACGAUUUUUGAAUUUUCA